AUGUCCCCGCAAUUCGGAAUUGGAGUUUAUAUUUGUCCGAAAUGUGAACAAACUAAAGUUAUUAAAUAUAAUACAUCAGAUGAUAUUACCUACAUUACUGUACCAAAGCCAGUUAAAUCAGAAGAUCAAAGAUUAAAAUACAAGUUUACGAUUUGUAAUUGGCUAGCAUCAACAAAUCGAAGCAAAGUUAUUUUAUAUAUAAAACCGGACGAUUUUGAUCCAACUGGAAACAUCCAAAAAGAAAUUGAUGAAUUAUACGGACCAGGAAGAGUUAAAUACUUGGGUGACUUAAAAUCGAAUAAAGAUGGCAUUCCAUACAUAGAUGAUUGGUUUAGACGCGGAAUCCAGGAUUCAGAAACUCUAUAUGUCAGCUUUAUUAAUACAGAUAUUUUAUUAUCAAGUAACUGGUACUUUGCAAUCAAGCAAACAUUCAAUGCUUUACCAGAUAAGAAACUCGUGAUUAUCAAUCAGCGAAUUGAUUUUGAUUUAGAAAUGCAUAAAAUGAGAGAAAUGAAUUUAUCGACUGACUUAUUACAUCAAACAGAUAAACUAGUUGAAGGUUCAAGACAAACAAUACAUUCUCCGUUUGGAGUUGACUUAUUUACUUUUAGAUUAGACAAACUUCCAUUUGAUCCGAAUGUUAUUCCACCAUUUAUCAUGGGAAGAUACAAUUGGGAUAACUGGUUGUGCGGCUAUCUUAAUGAGAAUACUGAUACUCUAACAUUUGGUCUUGAACCAGCUGUUUAUCAUAUAAAUCACGUUCGUCAUUCAUUUGAUACAAAAGAUCCAAAAGUUUAUAUUAACGAACGAUUAAGAUUCAUCAACUAUGGCUAUUUCGGAUCAAAUUAUGACACAGUUCUAUCAUUGAUCGAUGGGAAAAUUGUUGGUAAUUCAGGAACUAUUGCUGAGCUACCAGGAAUGUGA